CAACACGAUGCGAUCACUAUACUUCACCGUACAACUCUUCCUUCGUUACCCUCCUCCAUCUCUACCAACGCCAACGACUUCCCCCAAACGAACGCUCUCCUUCCGGUCCCUCCGCAGAUCGAUUUCAGCCGUCACCGCCACCACCACCGCCACCAUGGACCAAAACUUAAUCAAAAAGACUUCAUCGCCGGCAGAACACAUCGCGGGACCAUGGUACUCCGUCCCGGAACUCCGUCUUCGCGACCAUCACUUCACUGUCCCACUCGAUUAUUCUCUAUCUCAAUCCCCUAAAAUCUCGGUUUUUGCUCGGGAGGCCGUUUCCGUUGGAAAGGAAGAUCAAGCUCUUCCAUACCUGUUAUACCUACAAGGUGGACCUGGUUUUGAGUCACCAAGGCCAACUGAGUCAAGUGGGUGGUUGAGUAAAGCAUGUGAAGAACAUCGCGUUAUUCUUUUGGAUCAGAGAGGAACAGGGUUGUCAACUCCUCUAACAACAUCAUCAAUGCUACAAUUCAAAUCUCCACAAGAAUUGGUUGAUUACUUGAAGUAUUUUCGAGCAGAUAAUAUUGUGAAUGAUGCUGAGUUUAUCAGAAAACAUCUUGUCCCCGAUGCUGCUCCUUGGAAGCUCUUGGGCCAGAGUUUUGGUGGUUUUUGUGGAGUGACAUAUCUAAGUUUUGCACCUCAAGGGCUAAAACAAGUCUUUUUGACUGGUGGGAUUCCACCAAUUAAAGAUGGAUGCACAGCUGAAACUGUGUAUAGAGCUUGUAUUGACCCUAUUGUCCUCCAAAAUGAAAAAUAUUACAAAAGAUACCCUCAGGAUAUUCAGAUCAUUCGUGAUGUUGUCAUCCAUUUGGCAGAGUCCGAAGGAGGCGGGGUUCCUCUUCCAUCUGGUGGUGUAUUAACCCCGCGGGGCCUACAACUCCUUGGCCUUACUGGCUUAGGUGCUAGCACAGGCUUCGAGCGUUUGCACUACUUGUUUGAAAGAGUGUGGGAUCCGGUAAUAGUUCCAGGGUCAAAGAAGCAAAUAAGCUAUUACUUCUUAAAUUCUUUUGAGAGGUGGUUAUCUUUCGAUACAAAUCCACUAUACGCCCUUUUGCAUGAAUCCAUAUAUUGUCAGGGAGCUGCAUCACAAUGGGCUGCUCACAGAGUAAGACUUGAACAUGAAAGUAAACUUGAUGCAGUAAAAGCCGCUAAAGAAAACCGCCCUGUUUUGCUCACAGGAGAGAUGGUGUUCCCAUGGAUGUUUGAUGAAAUUCAUGCAUUGAGGCCAUUUAAGGAAGCAGCGAAUUUGUUGGCUGAGAAAAAAGAUUGGCCUCCUUUAUAUAACAAAACAGCAUUGAAUAAUAACAAGGUGCCAGUUGCUGCUGCGGUUUAUUAUGAAGAUAUGUUUGUUAAUUUUAAUGUGGCAAUAGAAACGAGUAAAGAGAUAAGGGGAAUAAGGUUAUGGGUAACUAAUGAAUACAUGCACUCGGGUCUACGUGAUGGAGCAACUCAUGUUUUGGAUCAUUUGAUGGGUUUGUUAAAUGGCAAGAAGCCACUUUUUUGACAUUGCGACUAUAUUUAAAAGUUAAAUAGUUU